AUGCGACCACCAAAUAAACUGAAUGUCGCUUUCCUGUCUUUACCUGCCCACCGUCACCAUUUCGGCAGUGAACUAGCUCAACAUCUAGCCAGCCCUCCAGUCGUCACGGACGCCAGCAAGAACGCCUACAUGGAGAACCGAUGGUGUCAAAUUGGGGACACGGUUCAGCCAACCGCCCCGGCUGUCCUCGAUCGUCCACAUCGCCAAAAUCAGGACCGGUUCGACGACAAUGACGCCGCCACCAGCAACCUACUCGCCGAGAGGAACCGCCUGCACAUAGCCUACAUCAACAGCCCAACCAACGGCCACGAAUCAGCUUACUACCGAAGUUUCCGCCUUGUGCGACAUCGGCUGCAAGAGAUGCGGGAGGUCCGCACGGCUCGCAAGGUCGAGGACCGCAACGAACAGAAGAAUUUCGCCGCUGUCCGCUGUCCUACAGCCAAACCAGCCGCUCAUCUCAGCGUCGACGACAGUAUCCUUAUCAUCGAGAAGACAUAA